CCAGCACGAGCUCGCGAACUUUGCAGCCCUCCCCAAUCUCAUCUCUGAGCUGCAGAGAGACUACAGCAGAGAUGGAGCUCUCCAAAUUGAGUCUGGAAGACCAUUCCCUCUCAGAAGACAAAGUAGUAGCCGAGCCUUUUCGUUUCAGCUUUGAAAUAGCCUGGGAAGUUGCUCACAAAGUUGGUGGUAUUCACACUGUGAUUAGGAGUAAAGCCCCAGUCACUACUGCCGAGUUAGGAGACCAGUAUUGCAUGAUAGGACCCUACCAUGAGCCAACCGUUAAGCUAGAAGUAGAGGUGAUGGAGCCUGAGCUCUCUGUCACUAAAGAAGUCGUUGAGUCCAUGAAGAAGGAAGGAGUCAAGGUUGUCUAUGGUCGCUGGCUCAUUGAAGGUUACCCGAAGGUGAUAUUAUUUGAUUUGGGUUCCUCGUACUGGCGUCUGAGUCAGUGGAAGCAGGAGAUAUGGGAUCUCUGUCACAUUGGUAUCCCUGAUAAUGAUGGAGAGUCACAAGACGCUGUCGUCUUUGGCUUCUUAACAUUUUGGUUCAUAUCUGAAUUUGUUAGGCGUAUCCCUGGUCCCUCUCCGCUGGUUGUUGCUCAGUUUCACGAGUGGAUGUCAGGUAUUGGCCUCCUGAUGCUCAGGUUAAAGAAGAUCCCAGUGGCAACCAUAUUCACAACACACGCUACUCUGUUGGGUAGAUACCUUUGUGCAGGGAAAGCAGACUUUUAUAAUAAUCUACCUUUUUUUAAUGUUGACAAGGAAGCUGGUGAUAGGCAGAUAUAUCACAGAUAUUGUUUGGAGAGGGCAGCUGCUACUAUAUGUCACACGUUUUCUACAGUCUCAAAGAUCACUGCAGAAGAAGCUGAACAUUUGCUAAAGAGGAAGCCGGAUGUUGUUCUUCCUAAUGGUUUAAAUGUCAUUAAGUUCAGUGCAAUGCAUGAGUUUCAGAAUCUUCAUGCUCAGUCUAAAGAGAAGAUUCAUGAUUUUGUGAGAGGUCAUUUCCAUGGCCAUUAUGAUUUUGAUCUUGACAAGACUUUGUAUUUUUUUAUAGCUGGCAGGUAUGAAUUCAGUAACAAAGGAGCUGAUCUCUUUCUAGAAUCACUAGCUAGACUCAAUCAUUAUUUAAAAGUGUGCAAUAGUGAUAUCACUGUUGUUGCCUUCUUCAUAUUUCCUGCUCCAACAAACAGCUUUAACGUUGCUUCUUUGAAAGGACAAGCUAUCACAAAACAACUGAGAGAAACUGUUGAUUCAAUCCAAGCUCAAAUAGGCAAGAAGAUUUAUGAGAGCACAUUGAGAGGACAUCUUCCUGACCCUCAAACUUUUCUUGAGAAAGAAGAUAUCAUAAAAUUGAAGAGAAGCAUGUUCUCUGCCCAGAGGACAGACUUACCACCAGUUGUGACUCACAAUGUCCUCAACAGUGACUCUGACCCUGUUCUCUCUCACAUCAGACGAAUACAAUUAUUCAAUAGAAGAGAGGACAGGGUGAAGGUAAUAUUUCAUCCCGAGUUCCUUUCAUCAACUAAUCCUUUAUUCAAGAUGGAUUAUGAGGAGUUUGUCAGAGGCUGUCAUUUGGGAGUGUUCCCGUCAUAUUAUGAGCCGUGGGGAUACACCCCAGCUGAGUGCACUGUAAUGGGCAUUCCUUCUGUUACUACUAAUCUCUCUGGCUUUGGUUGCUUUAUAUCAGAGAAUGUAACUGAUCCUCCAGCCUACGGACUGUACAUUAUUGAUAGAAGGUUUAAGAAUGUGGAGGAGUCAGUCCAACAAUUGUCUCAGUAUUUGUUUGAAUUCUGUUCCCAGUCAAGGAGACAGCGUAUCAUACAGAGGAACAGGACUGAGAGACUGAGUGAGCUCCUCGAUUGGGAGCAGCUUGGAAAGUAUUAUCGCAUGGCCAGGAAGAUGGCACUAAAGGCUGUCCAUCCAGACUACUUUAAGAGAUCUGGAGCUGCAACUCCCGUCCAUACUGACAAGUUUCCCAGACCUCUUAGUCUUCCACCUAGUGAGCCUCCGAACCUCAGUGAAGAUGAGGAAGAUGAGGAAGAUGAAGAUGAAGAUGAAGGAGAUGAUUAUGAAGCUGCCAGCUCUCCACAUCAUUCUCUCUCUUCCUCGGUUGCUUCAACGUGACAGAAAUCUCUCUAAUGCCGCAGUGUGUGUUGCUGUAGAAACAAAAUUAGAAUUUAGUUAUUUUGAUUAUUAUUAUUAUUAUUACCAUCAUUUUCAUUAUUAAUUUUUUUAUCAUGAUAGAGGUUGUUUAUUUUGUUGAUGCCUUGUAUUAUAAUUUAUAGUAUAAUUUCAAUGAAAAAUCAAUUAGAUAUGUUUAGAAAGAUGUGUGUUGUAGACCAUCUUUUAAUGUUGAAUUUUAGCA